GUGUUGUACUUUCUUCACUCUCUGAGCAAUAUGGCUGAUAAUUUAGUGCAAUUGACAAGCCACUGUCAGCAGCAGGAAGCUGCUAUCAAGUCUUUAUCAUAUGAUCUACAACUACUGAAAGAUGGUCAGUUACCGGAAGAUGUAGAAUUGAACGCAGUCUCGCCAAACUUGGCAAAACUCAGAGCUGAAAAUGAGAAGUUGAAGUAUCGCUUAAAUACUCUUAAACGGAGUCUUGCCGAGGAAGAAUCCAGAUACGAGAAAGUAAUGCCGAGUUUGUUAGUUGAUUUGAAUAGUGUCUUUGAAGGUGCAAUUAAAGCUGCUGCCCCAGAACUUGCAGACCCACCCAUUGCUAUAUCAUUAAGUACAGCUGAGAAGUUCGGAGAGUAUCAAUGUAACAGUGCAAUGGGUAUAUCACAGCAACUGAAGGGACUAGGAAUAAAGAAGAGUCCUCGAGAGAUAGCAGAAACCAUUGUGAAAGGAUUGCCACCAAGUGAAAUGAUAGAGAAGGUGGAGAUUGCGGGACCAGGAUUCAUCAAUAUUCAUCUCACCAAGUCGUUUGUUUCUCACAAACUGAAUGAAUUGCUGGUGAUCGGCGUACGACCGCCGCCAAUUGGACGUAAGAAGCGUGUGGUUGUUGACAUGUCUUCUCCAAAUAUUGCUAAAGAGAUGCAUGUGGGUCACUUAAGGUCAACUAUUAUUGGCGAUAGUAUAAGUCGGCUGUAUGAAUUCUUAGGUCAUGAUGUGCUACGUCUUAAUCAUAUCGGUGAUUGGGGAACACAGUUUGGUAUGUUGAUAGCGCAUUUGAUGGACAAAUUUCCUAACUACGUGGCUGAGUCUCCUCCUAUUGGGGAUUUACAAGAUUUUUACAAGGAAUCUAAGAUCCGAUUUGAUAAUGAAGAAGAGUUCAAAAAACGUGCAUAUUCAUUGGUUGUUAAAUUACAAGCUAAAGAACCGGAUAUUACCAAAGCAUGGAAUCUGAUAUGUGAUGUAUCUAGGAGAGAAUUUCAAAAAAUUUAUGACCGCCUUGAUAUCAAAAUAGUUGAACGUGGGGAGUCUUUCUACCAGGACAUGAUGGGAGAUACUGUCAGGGCCCUUGAAGCAAAAGGCGUGGUUGAAGUGGAUGAUGGAAGAAAAGUAGUAUUUGUACCCGGACAUGAUGUGCCUUUAACCGUAGUCAAAUCAGAUGGCGGCAAUACUUACGAUACAUCAGACAUGGCUGCCUUACAUCAUCGGUUAUUUGAUGAACAUGCUGAUGUUAUUCUCUAUGUUGUUGAUGCAGGACAGGGGCUGCAUUUCAAUUUAAUAUUUGCGGCUGGUAAAUUGGUUGGAUGGUAUGAUCCAUCAUCAACACGUGUUGAGCAUAUUGGAUUUGGUGUUGUGCUUGGUGAAGACAAGAAAAAAUUUAAAACUCGUUCUGGAGAAACGAUAAGACUGGCAGACUUAUUGGAAGAAGGGUUGAAGCGAUCUUUACAGAAGCUGAAAGACAAGAACAGACAUGAGAUUCUGACAGCAGAAGAAUUAAAAGCAGCGCAAGAAUCAGUGGCGUAUGGUUGUAUCAAGUACAGUGAUUUGAGUCAUAACAGAGUCAAUGAUUAUGUGUUCUCAUUUGAUAAGAUGCUUGAUGAUAAAGGAAAUACGGCUGCAUAUCUUCUUUAUGCAUUUACAAGAAUCAGGUCAAUUGCACGUUUAGCCAACAUAGACAGAGAUACUUUAAAGAAGGCAGCUGAAACCACUGCAGUAGAUCUGGAUCAUCCCAAAGAAUGGAAACUUGGUAAAUGUCUACUACGUCUUCCCGACAUCCUGUUACGAGUCUUAGAUGAUCUCUGUAUGCAUACUUUAUGUGAUUAUCUCUAUGAAAUAUCUACAACCUUCACUGAAUUCUAUGAUCACUGCUACUGUGUGGAGAAAGACAGACAAACAAAGGAAAUUAUCAAAGUGAAUAUGAGUCGCUUGUUGCUAUGUGAAGCCACUGCUAAUGUCAUGGAGUGUGGAUUCAGUAUACUUGGAAUCAACCCAGUUGAGAAGAUGUGAACAAUCCUGUCUUCUGAACACAAUCCUUUAGAAGCAGUUGAUGAUAGUCAAAUACUGAUAUUUUACAGUUGAGCUUAUAAAAGUCUCUUUCCACACAAAUAUCAGCUUGAUUCUCUUACCUGUCAAAAAUCAUACAAUAAAAUAUAUGUACCAG